ACUAGUUGCUUGUUACCGCUACCGGCUGGGUGAAUGACGCUGGGCGUAUUUACGUUUGAUUGAAGAUGUUGAUUUUUGGAUAACAUGAAACUUAGCGAAUUGAAUAAGCAUAGUUGUGAUCGGCGAAUUAAGUUUUGUGAUUGUAAUGCUAAUUUUUCUAGUCCAAAAGCUGGAGCUGUGUUUUUACUUGAUCUUUUAUCGUAGCGUAUAACCUUAUUUUAAAAAUGCCAGCGCAUUUGUCAGCUAUGUUCCUUUCAAAGCUGGUUCUACCGCUCACGCUGGGUGUCUGUGUGAUGGUUCGGCAGAACCUCUUCUCCUUCCUCUAUCUGCUGCUGCUGUUUGUGCUGCCAUUCGUGAAGGUACCAACUGCCAAGACCAUGGCAGGCUGGACGGGCAGGUACCUGCUCCUUGUGGUGGUGGUCAGCGUCCUCACAACUGUCGCCCAGCUGUCCUUCCACAUUGUCCUGCUGUGCAUGCCGCCGUACGCCCACUUCAUCAAGAACUGCGAGCUGCUGGAGAUGGUCCUGAGGCACGUGGGGCUGGUCCCCCUGAACGCCGUCACGCCGCUGACGGCCGUGCGCCUCGUGGGGCCCGAGCUCCUCCUCCUGGCCGUGUCCAUCGCGGUGCAUGCCGCCUGCGUGCGUGCCGUGCGCGAGAGGCGCCCUAGCCACGCCUCGGAGGCCAGCGUGUCCUUGGCCGUUGCCGCAACCACCCCGGCUCGCAGCCGCAACCUCAGGUUCCUAGCCUCUCUGGGGAAGUACCUGGUGCUGGCCCUGCUGUGCCUCGCCGGGGCCCUCCGUCCCUCGGUGCUGGGCGGAGUGUACUUCCUGGUGUUCCUGGGAGCCAUGACAUGGUGGGCCUGCUACCGGCCCCUGGGGCGGCCCUUCGCCGUGGUGCUGCGAGUGGUGCUGGUGAUGGUGGUGUGCCACGUGGUGGCCUUGUUCGCGGUGCAGCUGCAGUACGUCCAGGAGCAGCUGCCGGCGGGGGACUGCGACUAUUGCAGGUACUUGGGGCUGACGGUGCUCGUUACGAGGAACUGCUCCCAGCCGCAGCAGGAGUUGUUUGCGGAUGCAGACUGGGACUCGUACGCCAACCCUGCCGUGCUGCUGCUGCUGUUCUACCUGCUGGCGUUGCAGUCCCGUGCCCUGCUCAAGCCUCGCGUGGCCAGCACGGCUCGGAGGCUGCAGAAGGCAGCCAGCCGACGAGUGCCGCUCUCGCGCCAGCUGUCGCAGCGCUUGUCUCAGCGCCGUACCAGCCGCUGGCGGUCCGCCACGCGUCGCGUGCGUGUUGGUAGUAGGGAAUGGGAAUCCUAUAGCAACUCCGAGACUACUCAUCUGAUGGGGGCCGUGACGCCUCCCAGGAGAUUCGCGGCGGAGGCCCCCCGUUCCCCAGGCAGCUUGCAGCAGGAUGCCCACGGCAGCGUCACCAUCAACGACGGCUAUGACGACAUUCAGAUGAGAACUCUUGGUACAAAAGACGAGGACCAGCGGCAGAGCAGCUGCGAGAAGCUGGUGGACUGCGCCGUGGCCCUGGGCCAGUGGCUGGCCCGCUCCUCCUACGUGGCCACCAGCAUCACCAUGAUGGCCUGGAGCAUCACCUACCACAGCUGGCUGACGUUCACGCUGCUGCUGUGGGCCAGUGUGCUGUGGGUGGUCCCCAACCAGCGUCGCAGCAUGCUGCGCUCCUCCCCCUUCCUGGUGCUGUACGCCUGCGGCCUGCUGCUGGCCCAGUACGUCUACGGCAUGGACCUGACGGAGCGGGAGCUGCCCGGGGAGCUGCCCGGGGUCAACCUGCGCCAGAUCGGCCUGGUCAAGUGCCUGCGCCUGCCCGUCGCCCCGCUCGUGGCCAAGAGCUUGUACACGGUGAUGUUCUGGCUGACGCUGCGACAGUUCAUGCGCGAGCAGUUCGAGAAGCGCACUGCGUCCACCCUGCAGGACAUGGCCGCCCCCCUCCACAUCACCGUGGGGACCGCCAGCGCUGGUCUGCCGGAACAGCUGGACACCAGUCCCUUCAUCAAGCACGUGGGGGAACUCGUACAGGGAUUCCUCACCAAGUUCUGGAUAUGGGUGGUUGCCAUCAUGCUGUUUGCCAUCAGCUUUGUGGGCACCAAGAUGACGGUCAUGCGCAUCAUCUAUAUGGCGCUGUUUCUUUUCUUCAUACUUACCUUCCAGAUAUCUUAUAGUGUAUGGCGCAAGACAAUGUAUGCCUUCUGGCUGGUAGUCAUUUUGUACUCCAUGUCCAUACUAGUGCUAAUAUACACGUACCAAUUCGACAACUUCUCAGAUUACUGGGCAGAGUACCUUGGUGUGCCAAAAGACAUCCAGGAAGAUCUCGGACUGGAGCGCUACGAGACAGGUGUGCUGUUUGCCCGCCUGCUGGUGCCGGCCUUCUUUCUUGUCAUCACCGUUAUCCAGCUGCACUACUACCACCACGGCUUCCUGGCCAUCUCCCAGCUGAGCAGCAGGAGCCUGAGUGUCGGGAGAGCGUCCCAGGGCUCAAAGUCCGAGACCACAGCGGGGAACGAAGCAGAACCGGAAGCAGGCGACAUGGAGCCAGCACCACUACCAUCUCUACGCACUCUCAAACAUCUGUCGCGGGAGCAGCUGGCACAGAUAGCAAGCGAGGUGAAGCAUUACCUGGAGGAAUUCCAAGAACUGUUAUGGCGUUUCUUGGAGCUUCACCUUAUGAAGCUUAUGAUGUUGUCUGUGGCGAUCAUGUGCAUCUAUGACGUGUGCGCUCUGCACUUCGUGCUGCUGGUGCUGGUGGUGGUAGCCAUGUCGUUCGGCCGGAAGGUGAUGGUGUGCGCCACCCGCCUCAUCGCUGUUUUGGUGGCGGUGCUGCUGCUCGCCCGCAUGAUCUACCAGAUCGACUUCUUCCAACACGCUCGGUUCGAUGCCAACUGCACGAACUCCUCAGAUGUGGGGCUCAAUAACGCUGCCUGGCUGGGUUUCCACAAGACCAUGCGUGGUGAGACUCUGGCGGAACUUAUCAAGGGCUACAUUGGCCUGAUUGUGCUGGCUACGGUGUUUUCGGUGGUGGACAUCCGACAGAUGUACGUGCGCCACAUUAAAGGAGCCUGCCUCAUGCGUCCCAAUGUUCUCUUCCCUAAUGUCCGCCGCAGCAACGCUGACGACAACAUCAGGACAUGUCUAAAGUUCCUGCUCAACUAUGGCUUCUACAAGUUUGGUGUCGAGGUGUGCCUGGUGAUGACGGUGGUGCUUAUUGCCUCGCGCAUGGACGUGUACGCAGUACUGUACGGACUGUGGCUCUGUGCCCUUUGCUGCUUGCACAGGGAGACCCUGUCCGUGGUGUGGAAGCUCUUCCAGGUGUUCUUGGUUGUGGUCAUCCCGCUGCAGUACGCCAUGACUGUGGGGCUGCCCCCAGGAUUGUGCAUAGACUACCCGUGGGACCACUCGGACACGCUGCGGCGCCUUCAGGACUGGAUGUACCUGCUGGACCCCGUCCACUCCCCACCGUCAAAGAGGCUGUUGUGUGACGUCAUACUACUGCUGCUGGUGUGUCGACAGUCCAUAGUGUUCAGCGUCGAGAAGAGACGAGACUACCAGAACUACCCUGGCGGCAGCAACAAGGACAUCAGCAAGGAGACCCAUGAGCAGGACUUUGUCAACCCUGUCCCGGACUUCAUGACCCACACAAGGUCGUGGCUGGACGUGGGGAAGCGCGUGGUCCUGCAGGUGUUCCUGUGGGUCAUCCUGGGCUUCAUGUUCCUGGCGGGCACGAACCGGGUCAACGUCUUCUCGGUGGGCUACCUGGUGGGCACCUUCGUGUUCCUGUGGCAAGGGGAGGAGACCUACCUGCUGCCCGUGCCCCGGAUCCUGCGACGCUGGAACUGCCUGCUGGGCUACAACGUGGCGGUGAUGGUCGCCAAGUCGCUGCUGCAGAUCGUGGGCUGCGUCUUCAUCAAGGAGGCGCUGCGGCACGCCUGCUGGGCCGUGCAGCUGCUGGGCAUCAGCUGCGUGCAGGAGAUUGGUGACCUGCUGCCUCCCGCCCCGUCUCGUCUCACCGCCGAUGCCGAGACCCUGAGCUGUGCCAUCCCCAUCGGCAACACGGGACUGGUGUGGGAUGCAGUCUGCUUUGCUGGCCUGAUCUUUAUGCGACGUCUGUUCGGCAGCUACUACUUCCUGCACAUUGUGGAUGAGACCAAGGCAAUGACUAUUUUGGCUUCCAGGGGCGCGGAGCUGAUCGAGGAGCUGCGGCUGAAGCGCAUCGUGGAGCAGCAGGAGCGCGAGAGGCAAGUGCUGGAGAAGAUCAAGCAGAAGAUGGAGCGCAUCAAGGCCAGCCAACAGAGGCUGCAAGGUGCCAAGCCCCGCGACCCCCAACACCAUUUCCGAGCACCUCUGGCCGGCUCGUCGGGGGCCAGCUCCCAGGCUGGCUUCCGCACGCCCGUCGAAGGGGACACGGAGGCAGGUCCGACGCCGCGCGCUGGCUCCCUUCUCCAGGCGCCCACGCCCAGCUCCGCCCUCAUGACGGUGUCUUUGGACGGCUACCUGGACCCCCGCCGCAUCUCCUUCUGCUCCGAGUUGCUGCAGCGCCCGCCCUCCCCCGACGAGAGCUACCCCGUGUUCUCACCGCCCCCUUACGGCGUGGCCGUGGGGCAGGGUGCCCCCUGGCGACCCCAGGGCCCGUCCUCGCACCACACAUCCAUUCGCUCUGGAGACUACUACAUGUUUGAGGAGUUGGAUAAUGUUGACUUGGAAGACUAUAAAGAGCUGAAUGCCGAAGAGCAGGAUGACAGCAAGAGAGUAUCUCUUGGCAAGUUCCUGUCCACUGCCAUGAAGACGGACAUGGAGAAAGCAGCGGACCUGGCCCUCUCGCAGCAGCCGUCAAGUGGCGACGAAGUAGUGGCUCCUUUCCCCUCUACCUCCACUGCGCCUCCCUCCUCCAUCCACAGCGAUGUCGUGGACAUGUCAGCGGCCGGCAGCAAACUGAGCUCCCAGCUAGAGCCGGGCCCCAGCUCUAGGAGAGAUGCAUCGCCAUCCUCUAGUGUUGGCUCGCAACACCACCUCGACUCUGACCAGCCUACCAAACAGACAGCAGAGAGUGUCUGGAGCAGGAUAUGGACGUACGUGAAGUUUGUAUGGGCGUUGUUGGAGAGUGCAAUGGUGUCAAUGACAACCUACCUCAACAGGAAGUCCAAGGACUACCGCUACAUCAAGAUGAUGUUGACGGUGGAGAAAAAGAUCCUCAAGGCUAGCCCGGAUUUCAGGAAGGAAACAGCUACUAGCUCCGCUAUGUGGGAACCUUUGCGCUCAGUGAUUCAGUCAAUGAAAUCCAAGUAUGUUUCUGAGGAUAUAGGACAAGCUAUUGAAUCCCAAGACCACUUCAAGAAGUUGGAUGCCAGCUGCCAGCCGGAGAUAGCUGCUCCCGAGAUACGAGUAAUGGCCCCAAGUCUAGAACGUGGACUUGACCAGGAGAGUGCGAGUGGCUCGGGCGCGGAGCUGAGCGAGGCCACUCAUUCCCCCCUGGUGCAGCUCUGCGUGGCUCUCUACUACUCCCUCAUGUCCCACUCGGAGCUCGUCUGCUACUUCAUGGUGUUCCUGCACCACAUCAAGUCUGCCACCGUGCUGUCCUUGCCCUUGCCACUCAUGGUGUUCCUGUGGGGCACGCUCACCGUACCGCGCCCCACCAAGACCUUCUGGAUCGUCCUCAUCGCCUACACGGAGUGCGUGGUGAUAGUCAAGUGCCUGUUUCAAUUUGAGCUGAUUCCCUGGAAUCAACAACCGAUCCUAGACAACAUGCCCUUUUCUCCAGCCCGCAUCAUUGGCAUUGAACGCAAGCCUAACUAUGCUACGUAUGACCUGGCAUUGCUGCUGAUUAUAUUCUUCCACAAGGUGAUGCUCAAGUCGAUGGGGCUGUGGAAGUCGCGCUACGAGGACCCUGUGCCCUUCGCACAGCCGCGGCAGACCUUCCUGCUGGAGGAGGAUGAGGUGGGGGCGGGCGACCAGCCGGUAGUGAGGACACGGGCGGGGCGGCGGCUCAGCGCCAUCAGGAGUGAAGAGGAGCUGGACGCGGACGCAGACAGCCGGCAGCUGGUGCUGGUCUGCACGGAGCCCCAGCCGGGACCCCCGCCGUGCCCUCUGGCCACGGGCCGGUAUCUGGGCUCCGUCAGGAAGUUCUUCGAGAACCUGCUGGCUCCGACCGCACGGGUCACGGCGGACGUUUACACUUACAUGUUCCUCUGCGACUUCUUCAACUUCCUGGUCAUUAUCUUCGGCUUCUCUGCGUUUGGUACACAGCAGGGAGACGGGGGCGUGGCAGCCUACCUCGAGGAGAACAAGGUUCCCGUGCCGUUCCUUCUCAUGCUGAUCCUGCAGUUUGCGCUCAUCAUCAUCGACCGGGCGCUCUACCUGCGCAAGUUCAUCCUCGGAAAGAUAGCCUUCCAGUUCCUCCUGGUCGUUGGCAUCCACAUCUGGAUGUUCUUCGUGCUGCCGGCCGUCACUGAGAGACAGUUUAAUGCCUCACUGCCUCCGCAGAUGUGGUACAUGGUGAAAUGCUUCUACCUACUGCUGUCUGCGUAUCAGAUCCGCUGUGGUUACCCCACUCGGAUCCUGGGUAAUGUUAUCUGCAAAGGUUACAACAUGCUGAACCUCGUCAUGUUCAAAGUGUACCUCUUGGUGCCGUUCCUGUUCGAGCUGCGCACGCUCAUGGACUGGAUGUGGACCGACACUUCCAUGACGCUGUUCGACUGGCUCAAGCUGGAGGACAUCUUCAACAACAUCUUCCAGCACAAGUGCUCGCGUCGCAUGGAGGACGAGUACCCGCAGCCGCGGGGCCAGAGGAAGAACCCGACCUCCAAGUACCUGAUGGGCGGGGGCUUCCUGCUGGCCAUCAUCGCCAUCAUCUGGUUCCCGCUGGUGCUGUUCGCCCUGGGCAGCACCGUGGGGCAGGCCAACCUGCCCUACGACGUCACAGUGUCGGUCCGCAUCGGCCCCUACCAGCCCGUUUACCACAUGUCCGCCCAGAACAACUCCAUAUACAGAUUGGGCGCGGACAACUGGACACAGGUGCUGAAUGCCUACCAGAAGGACAAGGUGGCCCAGACGUUCCUGUCGGGGUAUGAUGACGAGGAUGUGGGAGUGGUGUCCCUGGGGGGCAACUCCACCGCUAUCUGGGGGGCCUCGCCCCCGGACAUGCAGCGCUUGCUCGAGGAAGUGGAGUCACGCAACUCGCUGGUGUUCAAGCUGGACUGGCGGGUGUCCCGCCAGAGCAACACCCAGGAGUACUCCGGCAUCGCCAAGGCGACCCGCGAGUGGGUGAUGGGGGCGGACGACCCUCAGCGCACGGCCCUCGCGGAGAUGCUCAGCGGGAAGAACAGCUCGCGAUCCGUCACCGUCCGCACCAUCCUGCCCAAGUUCCUCAAGGUCACCAACCGCAACACCGCAGAGCCCGUUCCGCAGCUGCUGGCGUCCAGCACGAAGGACGACGAGGAGGUGGCGUACCGUAACCUGUCCAUCCACAUGUACAAGGACAGCGGCAGCCUGGAGUUCUGGUGGGAGCUGAAGGAGGACGGCUGUGCCAGCCCGCAGCCGGAGGUGCUGCGCAGACUGCCCUUCUUCAACAAGGACUGCGAGCACCUCAUCUUGUACACCUUCAAUGAGAAGGCCUUCCCCAAGAGCCUCAGCUUCAUCUCCGGUGGAGGCAUUAUAGCUUUGUACUCUACGUUUGUGAUUGUGGCAUUCAAAGUGCUACGAGACAUAGUUUCCGGCUCCUCAUUUAAGAUAAUGUUUGAAGAUUUGCCCAAUGUGGACCGCAUCCUUCAGCUGUGCCUGGACAUCUACCUGGUGCGGGAGGCUGGGGAGUUUGCCCUGGAGGAGGACCUGUUCGCCAAGCUGGUGUUCCUGUACCGCUCCCCGGAGACGCUCAUCAAGUGGACCCGCCCGCCGGAGGAGGUGUCCGCAGACGAGGAGGAGGCCUUGCAGUAACGCCCGCCCCCUGCCCUCCGCCACUCCUUCGGUACUGCUCGUUCGCUAGGGGUGUGCCGAUCGCUGUGUUCAUCACCCUACACCGUGUACCCAAUAACUAAGUAAAAAGAUGGAGUACCUGAAAAAAAAUGUUUUGUGAAAUCGGAGCACCAAGAAUUUAAAAAUGAGAUCAUUGUUCGGAAAAAAAAAUGGCACCCUUACUGUACCAUUACUAGCAUGGAACGAAAGCUAAAAUGGUUAUUUGUGUUACAUGAUUUUAUUACGAACAUUUAAUGGGACACCAUUGAUUUUGGUUGACGUAUUUUGCAGAUAGUCGUAUUAUUAGCCUACUCAAAAUAUUGCACAUUCGAAUUGGUACACACCUGUUUACGUACUUUAAUACAAUGAUUAUUAUAUUUUGUGAAUUGUUUUUUAUUACCAUUGAUAUUUUGUAUGAAAUGUUGAUGUAAAGUAUAUUUAUUAGUGUUGGUGUCUACGGUAUGUGUUAUUGUCAGUGGAAACAGUUGGCAGUGUUCUGCUUGAAGUAAAUUGUAGUUGGCAUCUGUAAUUCAGAUAUCUUGUAGUAGUGUUGUUUCUAUUUGAAGCUGCUGCUCUACUACAAAUGUAGUAAUGACCAGACCUUGUAAAAUACCGUGUUUUAUCACAUGAGCGUUGCACAUUUUACACUAAAAUUUGGUUUGAAAAGUAAGGUUGCAACUUUUUAGCAAAUAAACAUUAAUAUGACAGUAAAAAUAUUAUAAAUCUGAUUCUAACAACAUAGCUUAAAAUAAAUUAGCAUACACCCAAACAUGUUUCAUGUUUCACUUUUUUCCGAGCUGGAAGAGAAACUGCUUUGGCCACUAAUUGGUAUCUUUAUUUUUCUAUUGCAAUUUCACAAUCUUUCAUCUGUGUGAUUCCUUUAGUCAGUAGCUCUAGUAAAAAAAUUUAAGCACGUUGACAUCAGUAUCUGAAAUUUAUCUGUGUUUAGGGCUACAAAAAGUUUUUAUUCAUUGAUAUUCCUUUGCUCACAUUUUCACUUAUGCCAGUCUCACACUGAUUUUUUUAUUUACCGCAAACAUACUGCCCGCUGCCCAGUUGCCAUGCUGUUCAGUAAAAAAAAAAUUUGUUAUCAAAAUCAACAUUGCUUUCAUAUCACAUGAAUUAAAGGUUGUGGCAACAGUGCAAACUGAGUAAACGAACGUUUUGUGUUGCCUGUUCCAGAAACAUAUGAAACUUCUCAGUGCUUACAACAGACUUUGUAAAUGUACAGUGAUUUUCAGGGAGCAUGAACACUGUGUGACGUUAAUGAGAUUAUUUAUUUAUACCUUUUUUGGCAUUCGAAAAUAAUGGUGCAACCAUUUAGUGAGAGCGACAUGUGCGAUAAAAUACGGUACAUAUUCCUACGGUGUAUAGCUUGCAGAAGCAGUUACAAACACUUGUUUUAUAGUUAUUUCAUCGCUUAGCACAUGCAGUGUACCUCAUGUAGAAUGUAGUGUCUGUCAUGUUACAAACAACUAAUGUUUCCAGUCAUCUUCUGUGGUAACAGUGAUGCCAGAUUGUUAUCAACAUCACAUUAGUGCCUGUAGGUCUGUUUACUUCGUGGAAGACGUGUGCUGUUUCCUCAUUGAGCCUGAAUUGCAGUGAUAUUUUUUAUAGUGUAGUCAGUACACUGUGAAUAUCUUUCACAAACUUUAAACAGCUUUGCUUUGCUAUUUGCGGGGAUACAACACAGUGACUGACUGGUAAACAGUACACUAAGGAGUGCUUCUGAUCACAUUGAUACCAGCGUUUGGCAGCAAUCGCGUCACGGUGUCAUUCCGCAUGUACUUGCUUGUAAGGAACAUUCGUAAUUCAUGAUAUUUUUGUUUACAUUUUAGGCACUGUUUUAAGUUUUUUUUUUGCUGGUAUGAAGCACUUGAAUAGUUUGUGUGAUUAUGAAUGCAGAUUUUUUAAACUUUUUUUGCACAUAUUAUAUUUUUUAAAGUUUAGUCUUGUGUAUUGUAAAACAGUGUGCCUUACUGGAUUUGCUGGACCAUUUUCUGUAUUCUAGGGCCUAUUAGCUACCUAACAACAGGAGAAAAAGGUUUUUUAGUUCGUUUUUUUUGUAACCACAUGAAAACAGCAAGCAAUUUCUAAUUGCUGAGUUGCAUUGUGUGAAACAAUUUUGUUUGUUGGAAAUACAGUAGCUAUGUUUUAAGCUACUUGAAAUAGUGUGAUAGUAUUGGGAUUACGUAUACUUUCAUUGGGUGCCAACUUCAAAAAUUCUGAACUGUAAGAAUUUGUUUUGUUUAUACUUGAAUGAGAGUUGCAUUGAGUGUAUCUUAACUAUUUUUGUGCCGGAAUAUGUAUUUUUUUUUUUAACUCGUGAGUCCUGUCUUCCCACUUCUUUAUGAAUCCAUUAGCCCAUUUGCUGUAUGCAAUGCAUAAUGCAAGCUGUAUUUGUAAACUGGUAGCACUGUUUGCUAGCCAACAGUGAAUAAAAAUUUUAAUUAGAAUAAAUUUUAGUAAAUAGUACAGUCUUUUACACAAUAAUAUUUUGCUACUGGUCUUUAUUUUUGCCUUUAAUUUAGUAUGUAUAACAGUUGCACCAAUAAUUUUGUUAAAAAUUGGUAACCAACAUUUAUGUUUUUUACAAUGUAAUUUUAAAUAUUGUAUGCUAUGUUCAUAAAUUUAAGGUAUUGUUUCAUUUUUUUUAUUAAUUUUAACUAAUAUUCAAAUGCUAUGACGGACCAAACAGAUGUAGGUGCGAAUAUACCACAGAAGAACAUAAAUAAAUUCUAAGUAACUAUGUUGCAUAAUUGUUUCUCAAUAAAACUAAAAUUUAUAUAGACCAUAAUUUUAGACAAUGUUAAGAAAAGAUUAAAAUCGUUUUUUAAGGAAAUUAUUUUUUUCUCUUAUGUUUAUAAUCAUAAUCCACACUCUCCCUCCUUCCCUUGCCCCUCAAACAAACAAGAUUUUUUUUCCCCCCCAGCAUCUAAAAAGUUAACCGGACCAAUUUAGUGUUUCCACACCAUCAGUGUUUUGUGAAUACAGUUUUAAUUGUAAGAUUUUGCUGUUGUAAGUUGUAUUGGAAUUUUAAGUGUUCCUUUUAACCAGUAGUGGCCGAACUAAUUAAUAAAUUACUUAUUUUAAAAUAUUUUUUACGAGUUUACUGUAGCCAAAUCUUUGAUAGUUAUUAUUGAAUAAUGUUUAAAUCAAACAUGUGCUAAGGUACACUAGGCAAAUAAUGAUAGUAAAAGCAGUAACAGUUAUUUAUUUUGUAAUAAAUUAAUUAUUUUUCAUUCUGAAAAAAAAAAUUAAUUCACUAAAUAUUUUUUGUUUACAAUUAUUGUUAAAAAAUUGCAAACUUUGGUACUUUACUCUUACAUUGAUGCUUUUUUUUUAUUUCUUAAACAUUUAUAUAUUAAAAUUUUUCUGCUGCAUUUAUUUUUAGAAUCUUUUUAAUAAAUGAAAUACUAUUAUUCUGUAGUAAUAUUAAAAAAAUGGUAUGUAACAAAUUGAUUGGAGUACUUAUGAUGUACACUAUUUUAAAUUUUAUAUGAACUUUUUAAUAAAUACCAAAACUCUUGCAGCACACUACAGAGGCUUCUCGGUACCCUAACAUGCCACAUUACGUUACAGGUUACAGUGGUUACGUCAUGUUUAUUUUAUAUUUGUUUUCUGUGAAAACUGGUAUUGGUGCAACUGAUAUUUAUAAUUUGGUAUGUAUUUUAUAUUUUUGUGGUACCUAGUCAUUUAUGUUUUGUAAUAGAAGAGAACUGGUUUUUUUGUUUAAUAUUACUGACUCCAAUCCAAGGCUGUACCUUGUGAACAUUAGUUUUAUUCAGUUUAAUUGUUCUCGUCUAGUUCAUUUUCGUCGUGUUUAGUGCUGAUAUGCUGUUUUUUUUAAAACCAUUUUCUCAUUUCAUAAUAUGCUUAAGUAAUUUUUUUUAGUUUGACUAUUUAUUUUAAUUGAAUGACUAUUGGUAAUAGGUAUUUGUAAAAAAAAAAAACUUUUAUAAUAAAUUUUUUGUGUGUAAAUACUAUAAAUACUGAAAUAUAUUUACAUUCAAUGUGUUUUUGAAGUUUUACAAUGUUAUGACCCAUGACUUGAUAGACUCAAUACAGGUAAUGUGAAGAGGUUGCUCAGUGUCUGCAUCUGUGCUGUUUGCUGCAUCCGUGCUGUUUGCUGCAUCCUGCAAGAAUAUAAUCUCGCUUUCCCAUGUAAGCUGUCGCGCGUGUGCUAGUACAUCUAUUAUUCCCUUUGUGUACAAAAAUGCUCUCUUACUGAUGUGCCUUUCUGUAGCCUAUAACAUGAAGCAGGUUUCACAUGUUGCGUGUACUACCUCGUGUACCAUGUUGUAUGCUUGUUAAAUGUGUUAAUUAAACUUUACUGUUAAAUUA